AACAGUGGGGGUGUGCGCAGGGGAUGCAGGCAGCUAGGCUCCCCCACUGGCCAGGCAGUUGGUAUGCUCCAGCAUCUGAGCAGCUCCUUCUAGCAUCCUUCAUCCUUCAGGUACCAGCCAUCCAGGCAGCGCCUGAGCUGCAGAAACUGAGACCAGCAGCCCUCACCCGAACUCUGGCCUUACCCUCCCCAGUGGCCUCCUCUGUAAGUCACUGCUUCUGCAUCAGAUUCUUUCAGCUGCAACUCCCUACAGGGUGGGGCACCCAUCUCAGGCAGGUUUUGGUGCCCUCCACUGACCCUACACCCAGGGCUGCUACUGCCGCUCGUGGCUUCAGGAUGAAAGGUGAGACUCCAGUGAACAGCACUAUGAGUAUUGGGCAAGCACGCAAGAUGGUGGAACAGCUUAAGAUUGAAGCCAGCUUGUGCCGGAUAAAGGUGUCCAAGGCAGCAGCAGACCUGAUGACUUACUGUGAUGCCCACGCCUGUGAGGAUCCCCUCAUCACCCCUGUGCCCACUUCAGAGAACCCCUUCCGGGAGAAGAAGUUCUUCUGUGCUCUCCUCUGAGCUGCCCUGUCCCUUCUCACAACUCCUCACUUUUCCCUCUCCUGGGCCCUUCCUUAGGUCUGUAAUUGUCGUGAGCCCCUGAGGCUCCCUGCAUCCCAUCCUUAACCCUUGCCUGACCAUGUGAGGUUAUCUGAAGCACAAGCCCGCCCUCACCUAUCUGUUGACCCCAUUUCCUCCGCCUUGUGACUGACCCCAAGAACCCCAGAGACAUGAGGCACCCUUUGCUCCACCCACAGCAGGGCCCCGUCAGACUCUUCCAGCAACCUGCUCACUUCCCUUGGUGACCCGCUCAGACAGUGGAGAGAGGGAUUGGCCAGGUGCUUGCUCUCUGUCUCACCUGGAGCUACUGGGAGGGUAAAGCCAUUUGAAGAAUAAAGUCAUCCAGAACCUCAG